AUUUUGUAGACCGUCUCACAGUCAUCGUCUUUCAUCUUCACAUCUCUUUCCCCAAUUUAAUUCAAAAAGCCCUAAUUUUCCCUUCUCCCCCACCAAAACCCUUCGAUGGAUCUCCUCAAAAACUACACGGACAUGGCGGAAGACGACGAUGAAGAACCCCAAUCUCACCAAUCCGACAACGACAAUGAAGAAUCUGAACAAGAAACUUCAAUUAUCUCACUUCCAUCGAAAUCAGCAGCACCAAAAGUAGACGAUACAGCACUUUCUCUUCUCUCUGCAACCUCAACAACCGCCAUAUCCACCAAACCUUUAGACCCAACUCAACAUUUAGUUUCCUACAAUCCCACCUUCGACCAACUCUGGGCACCCAUUUAUGGCCCAGCUCAUCCUUACGCUAAAGACGGGUUAGCGCAAGGUUUACGAAAUCAUAAAUUAGGGUUUGUUGAAAACGCGGCCAUUGAUUCGUUUGUGUUCGAUGAACAAUAUAAUACGUUUCACAAAUAUGGGUAUGCUGCAGAUCCUUCUGCUUCUGCGGUUAAUAAUUACGUGGGUGAUUUUGAUGCGCUUGAGAAAAAUAAGGGGGUUUCUGUGUAUAAUAUUCCUCAAAGUGAGCAGAAACGACGUAGAAUAGAGAAGAAGAAGGAAAAGGAGGAGGAAGAGGAAGAGGAUACAAAUGUUAAUGCAGAAGAAGUGAGUAAUCCUGCUAGUGAAGUUUGGUUGAAGAAGAAUAAGAUUAGUCCUUGGUCUGGGAAGAAGGAAGUUGUGCAGGGUGAAUUGACUGAAGAACAGAAGAAGUAUGCUGAAGAAUAUGCUAAGAAAAAAGCUGAAGAAAAAGGGGAGAAAGUUGAGACAGGAGAAUUUUUUGCUGAUAAAACUACUUUCCAUGGGAAGGAAGAAAAGGAUUAUCAAGGAAAGUCAUGGAUUUCCCCUCCUAAAGAUGUCAAAGCUUCUAAUGAUCAUUGUUAUAUUCCGAAACGAUGUGUUCAUACUUGGAGUGGUCAUACAAGAGGAGUUUCCGCUAUUAGAUUUUUCCCGAAGUAUGGGCAUUUGAUUCUUUCAGCUGGGAUGGAUACUAAGAUUAAGAUAUGGGAUGUUUUCGGUUCAGGGAAAUGUAUGAGAACUUAUAUGGGGCAUUCGAAGGCUGUUCGUGAUGUAUGUUUUUCGAAUGAUGGGACUAAGUUUUUAAGUGCAGGUUAUGAUAAGAAUAUCAAGUAUUGGGAUACUGAGACGGGUCAGGUAAUCUCCACAUUUUCUACUGGUAAAGUUCCUUAUGUUGUUAAGUUUAACCCUGAUGAUGAUAAACAAAAUGUGUUAUUAGCUGGUAUGAGUGAUAAGAAGAUUGUGCAAUGGGAUAUAAAUAGUGGUGAGAUUACACAAGAGUAUGAUCAACAUUUAGGAGCAGUAAAUACAAUUACUUUUGUUGAUAAUAAUAGGAGGUUUGUUACUUCGAGUGAUGACAAGAGUUUGAGAGUUUGGGAGUUUGGUAUACCUGUUGUUAUCAAGUAUAUUAGUGAACCUCAUAUGCAUUCAAUGCCGUCUAUUUCUGUGCAUCCUAAUACUAAUUGGUUGGCUGCUCAAAGUUUGGAUAAUCAGAUUUUGAUUUAUAGCACAAGGGAGAGGUUUCAGCUUAAUAAGAAGAAAAGGUUUGCAGGGCAUAUUGUUGCUGGGUAUGCUUGCCAAGUUAAUUUUUCGCCUGAUGGUCGUUUUGUUAUGUCCGGAGAUGGCGAGGGUAAAAUGUGGUUUUGGGAUUGGAAAACUUGUAAGGUUUUUAGAACAUUGAAAUGUCAUGAGGGGGUUUGUAUUGGUUGUGAAUGGCACCCCUUGGAGCAAAGUAAGGUGGCUACUUGUGGCUGGGAUGGACUGAUCAAAUAUUGGGACUAAAGACUUUCAAGACAUGUAAUGAAAAAUUUCACGAUGUUAGUCAUUGAGCUUGAGGUCUGCUUUCAGUUUAUACGUCCAUCAGGAAUAAGCAGUACAUUCGGCAGCAAAGAUACAGACGCCUUUCGCUACUCAUGAUGUAAACUCGAGUACGAGCGUGAAGUGUCAUAUGCCUUGCGUCGUUGACAAGAGAAACAAUAUGUUAAGCUGCAAUAGUAAACAAAGUUCAUGUACAAUUAUCAAGUCAACAAUUCAGCUGAGAAGGAUUUUACAAAUUACAAUAGCUUCAUCGUUUUGCUCCUUUUUGCUUCUCUUAAUUUCGAUGUCAAAACUGCAAGAAGCACUUGCAAAUUCCAAGUUUUUGAGGAUCUUUUCGUCACCUUUUUGUGCUAUUUAUAUUUGGUGACUGGCGUUUUUUUUUUACUGUAAUGGGUUUUAUGGACUUCUAAUUUGGGAUUAUAUUUUUUAACCUCACUUAGGUUGGCAAUUAAUAGCAUUGUGGAUUUGUGUACUUGUGGUAAUAUUAUUUUAAAAUUUUAGUACUUAUUUUUAUUUUCUAGCUCCAAAUAUAAAACAAAUUAUGAGUUUUUUCCGU